GACACUGGAUUAAACUGGCGACAGCGGGGCGGCAGCUGCUGGCUAGCUGGUAUUUUGCCGAACAUACAAGUGUGAAACUAUAAAUUGCAUUCAUUUAUGCCACUAAAAGACCAAUCAAACUCAACCGUAAUGAAGCCGGCCGUAGACGAGAUGUUCCCGGAAGGGGCUGGGCCUUAUGUGGAUCUCGAUGAGGCGGGGGGAAGCACAGGGUUGCUGAUGGACCUGGCCGCCAAUGAGAAAGCAGUCCAUGCAGACUUUUUCAAUGAUUUUGAAGACCUUUUUGAUGACGAUGAUAUCCAGUGAAGAUAAUUAUUUAAAUGUUUUUGUGAAUAAAUUCAUUUUAUGAGCUAAUAUACAGUACAUGUCAUGUAAAACCGUAUGCUUCUUGAUUCUUUUGGGUCUACAAGGCAAACUACCUAUUUAAACUGUAAUGACAUACAAUCUUCAUUCGGUCGAGUCGGUGUUGUAGUUCUGGGUUUUUAAAAAAAUGGCCACUGCUUCCACCAGAUGUUACAAGAUUCUGAAAAAAAUUCUCGAGCAUUCUUCCAUAUGUUGGAAUGUUGAAAUUAUGACUUGUUAUCAUGCUCUUGUAGCUUCAGCUCAGCUUGGAGCUGGAUUGUAGGUUUGUGUGUGUCUGAGAACACCUGUUCAUUAGGCUUCUGGGGCAUAAUUACAUACGGUGUGAUUCUGAACCUCCGAUGCCGUCGCCCUGCUAAAACAUAUUGCAGGUGGCACAUGAUGAAUGGGGCCCUGUGAAGAAUUGCUGACAUAUUUUGUAAUAACACAUACAGGUCUGGUAAUGCAUUAUUUGACAUUUGGCACAGUGAGGCCGGGGUUACCAAAAUAUAUCUGUUCUGAAAACGUUUUCUGACAUACCAAAGUACACUUUGCUGAAAAAGAGGCAUUAAUGCCUUUGUAAAAUGGUGUUUUGCAAAUACCUACACAAAUGAUUUGUACUUUUAAAAAUAAACACCUGAAACUCA